GAGUAUCAAGUUGCUCAGGUGGGUUGUAUUUUGUGCACGGACGAUCGGAUUUACUAUUUUUCUCGUGGAACCUAAAAGCAGCAUCGCUGGUGACGUACGUUAAUAAAAAGAAACAUGGCGUCGGGACAGCAAUGGGUGUUGGUGGAAAUGGUGCAAGCGUUUUAUGAGGCUCCUGCUUAUCACUUGAUUUUGGAGGGGAUCCUCAUUCUGUGGAUCAUCAGACUAGUCUUCUCUAAGACCUACAAACUUCAUGAGACUUCUAAACUGACAGAAAAGGAAAAGGAGGACCUGAUUGAGGAGUGGCAGCCAGAGCCUCUUGUUUCCAAAGACCAUCCUUCCCUCAGCUAUGAUGUUGUCACAGGACCUCCCAGCCACAAAAUUAUAAUUAAUGGAAAAGAGUGCAUUAACUUUGCAUCAUUUAACUUCCUGGGUCUCCUCGACAAUGAGCGGGUUAAGCAAAAGGCUUUGGCAUCACUGAAAAAAUAUGGCGUGGGAACUUGUGGUCCCAGAGGCUUCUACGGAACUUUUGAUGUUCACCUGGAGCUGGAAACCCAUCUGGCCAAAUUCAUGAAAACGGAAGAGGCUAUCAUCUAUUCGUAUGGCUUUGCAACGAUUGCUAGUGCAAUCCCUGCCUACUCUAAGAGGGGGGACAUCAUCUUUGUGGAUGAAGCAGCCUGCUUCUCCAUCCAGAAAGGCCUUCAAGCAUCCCGCAGCCUCAUCAAAUACUUCAAACACAAUGACAUGGAGGAUCUGGAGAGGCUCCUCAAAGAGCAGGAACUGGAGGACCACAAGAAUCCUCGGAAAGCUCGAGUGACUCGUAAGUUCAUUGUAGUGGAGGGGUUGUACAUCAACACGGCAGACAUUUGUCCUCUCCCUAAACUGGUGAAGCUGAAGUACAAGUACAAGGUGCGGAUCUUUUUGGAGGAGAGCAUGUCUUUUGGUGUGUUGGGAGAACAUGGCAGAGGAGUCACCGAACACUUUGGCAUCAAUAUAGAGGACAUUGACCUAAUCAGUGCUAACAUGGAGAACGCUGUAGCCUCCAUCGGAGGCUUCUGCUGCGGACGCUCCUUUGUCAUCGACCACCAGCGUCUGUCGGGUCAGGGCUACUGUUUCUCUGCUUCCCUGCCUCCCAUGUUGGCUGCUGCUGCUAUCGAGGCCCUCAGUAUCAUGGAGGAAGAUCCAGAUAUUUUCACUGUCCUAAGGGAAAAGUGCAAACAUGUUUACAAGGCUUUGGAAGGUACACCAGGUCUGAAGUUAGUAGGAGUACCGUUUGCCCCAGCUCUUCACUUGCAGCUGGAGAGAAGUUUAGGCUCCAGAGACGCUGACAUGCAGCUGCUUCGCACCAUUGUAGACCAUUGUCUGGAGAGACGCGUGGCUCUGACCCUUGCUCGUUACCUGGAAAAAGAUGAGCGCUUCCUCCCCCCACCCAGGUAAGAGGCUCCACCUUGUUGUACAGUUGAUUCA